AUGGCUCCCUCCAUCGCUCCCUCUGACAACGUCGUCCUCUCCUCUACCGAGAAGGAUGCCUCCCUCGCCGACCGCAACACCUUCGCCACCCGCGUCGCCGGUAAGGGCGCUGACCCCGAGAAGAAGGCCCUCUUCGCCAGCGUCACCAAGCGCAUCGAUUACACCCCAAAGAUCGGAACCGAGUUGCACGGCAUCAAGCUCGCCGAGUUGACCGAUCAGCAGGCCGAGGAGCUCGCCGCCUUCAUUGCCGAGCGUGGUGUCGUCUUCUUCCGCGACCAGGAGGGCUUGGACCGCAAGGAGCACGUCAAGCUCGGCCAGCGCUGGGGUCCCCUCCACGUCCACCCCUUGGUUCCCCAUGACCAGGAGAGCCCCGAGCUCAUCGUCUUGGACUCCCGCCUCAGCCCUCCCGGCAGCUACAACACCAACAACUCGUGGCACUCGGAUGUGUCGUUCGAGCCCUACCCCUCUUCGUUCUCGAUCCUCAAGUUUGAGGAAAUCCCCGAGGCUGGCGGUGAUACCAUCUGGUCGAACGGCUACCAGCUCUACGACAACCUCUCCCAGCCCCUCAAGACCCUUCUUGAGGGCCUCACCGCCACCCACACCUCAGACCGUUUCCGUGAGUUCCAGGCCAAGACCGGCCGCAAGGCCUUUGGCAAGUUGAAUGACUCUGUCCACCCCGUCGUCCGCACCAACCCCAUCACCGGCUGGAAGUCUGUCUUCACCAACUCGGUUUUCACCCGUGAGAUCAACGGUCUUUCGCCCACCGAGUCCAAGUGGAUCCUCGAGUACCUCAACGACCUUACCUCCAAGCGUCUCGACUACCAGGUCCGAUUCUCCUGGAAGAAGGACUCUGUUGCUAUCUGGGAUAACCGCUCGACCUUCCACACUGGUGUCCCAGACUUCCAGCCUUACUUCCGCAAGGGUGUUCGUGUCACUGUCUCUGGUGAGGCUCCUUACUACGAUGCUGAAAACAGCGGUACCCAGGCUGAGGCCUUCAAGAAGACCGCUGAUGCCAUCAUUGCCAAGCAAGAGAAGGAGGCUGCUGAGAAGUCCAACGUUGACCCUGCUCUUCAGCUCGCUUAA